CGGCUUGCUCACAAACCUUGUUGCAGCUGUCAAACCUUCGCUGUCAUCCAAAAUAACGUUGAAACUCCGGUUCCCACCAUCCUCCCACUCACAUCAAUGGCUUCUUGACGAAAGAGGAUAUUCCUGCGAAAUGACGCUCCGGCUGUCAGCAACCUAAUCCCAGAACCAAAGGCGACGUCGAUCUUCUUAGGCCCCAGAUCAAGGGCAAGAACCUCCUGAGAUAAGACAAACUGCCGUAUACGGACACCUUCUCCCAAUUAACUCAAUUAACUCUCAAUGGUAAGAAGGCUAUCAAUCCUCUCCUCUUGCGGCAGACGAUGUCCUGGACUUGCCUCUUGCGUCGACAUUUCCACCUCAGAGCUUCUUGGAUUCAUGGAGGACCUUGAAUCCUCUUUGUGGGCCAUCGAGGACUUUAGCUUCUCCUAAGAGCCCCCUGGUCUCACUCUGCCGAUCUUCGACAGCCGUGCCCAUGGCAGCUACUAUAUAUGCUGCGGGUCCCUUCUUCAAUUAAAUCCCCACCCUUCAUCUUCUAUAAUCUUCGCCAAUCAGCAACAAGAGCCAGCCUCAACUCCCUUCACCUAGCCACCACCUUCCCUCUACGCCGGACGUAGCAACCCUCACACCCAUCCACCUCAAUAGUCUUCAGACCGCCCAGUCUUUUCACUUUCACCCCACCUUUUAUUUUUGUUCGAGAUGUCGUCCGAAACUGACGUUAUCAUUAUCCCUACCUUCCCUCCUUCUCCUCCCACUACCUCCUCUCGACAGAUGUCUACUUCUCCCGAGUGGUUCACCACCCCGGUCAAGGCCGCCUACAAGCCUUCUCCACUCUCCAUCUCCAUCCCCCUCAACAACUUUGCCUCUUACGGUCCUCGAGCUGCUCGUCGCUCCAGCUCUGACGACGAGACUCUGUCCGAGGUCCCCAGCACUCCUCCUCUCUCCCCCGCCAGCACCAUCGGCUCCUUCGACAUGUGCCGCAAGGACUCCAACAUGUCUUCCUGCUCCAGCGGCUCUGACGGUGACUGCGACGAGGUCCUCGUCACCCCUGCCCCUCGACCUUCCACCCCUCGACGCACCUCUGGUUACUUUGACCUCGAGGCUCCUUCUCGCAAGAGCAAGAAGACCCAGCGCAAGCUCCCCGGUGUGCCCGUCACUGGUUUGAUCGAGCCCAUGUGGCGCAUGGAGGAGCAGAUGGCCAAGAAGAAGACUUCUCCCCCCGCCACUGCGAAGCUUUUGGAACCUUUCAAGAUGACCCUUCCCACUCAGGCUGGGCCCGAACCCAAGUACACUCUUGAUGAGCACUCUUUCGUCCUGGCCCACGUCCCCGCCAAGUCUGUCUCCCUCUCCGCCUUCAGGCCCCGCAUGAUCCGAGUGCCCAGGUGGCAGCGACCCAUCGUCAUCGUCGUCAUGUCUGUCCUCCUCUUCGGUACUCUCUGCAUGGUGUCCUUCUUCCAGCAGUCUAUCGUCAGCGCUGAGCGCGCGAUCGCCAUCAAGCAGGGCGAGUGGCUCGCCAAGAACGCCGCCAUGGCUCAGGCCGAGUCUGACCUCAUGGUCGAGUCUGAACCUGGCUACAAGUCCGCCUCCCCCAAGCACCACUCCCUCAAGGUCCAGGCCAAGCUCGCCAAGCGCGCUGCUGCCGGCCAGUCCCCCAUGCGCGUCUCUCUCGAGAUGACCAAGGCUGAGGAGCUCGCGGCUCUGAUGAACUUUAUCGUCGGCACCACCGCCAACACCCUCCCCGAGAUCGACCUGGAAGACUCCACCUCUCUCGAGGGCUUCCUCCCCUUCAACCCCCGAUCUCCUAACGCCAAAGCCGAACUUGCCGAACUCGUCCGCUCCCAGUGGGAAGACUACCCCAUCAUGGUCCUCGGCAACAUGCGAGACCCCAAGAUGCGCGAGGCUCGAGCUCUUUUCAAAAAGUACAACGUCAAGCCCUCCCCCUUCUACGUCGACAUUGACCAACGCACCGACUCUUCCGUCCUCUCUUCUACUCUUGAGCACGUUCUCGGCAAGCAGGAGGGCCCUUACGUUCUCCUUGCUGGCAAGAACAUCGGUACCACCACCAAGCUCGUCGAACACGAGAAGAAGGAGACUCUUAUCGAGACUAUUGCCAAGACUGGUGCUAGCAUCGCAAAGAGGCUCAAGAGGAACAAGCACCAGAGGGAGGAGGAGCGAAGGGAGAACGAGAGGGUCCUCGGUCCCAAGCCCGUUCUCAUGGCUUAGGUUGUGUAAUGUCGUUUUUCUCUGGUUGGGAUCUUCACUGGGACUUUUCCCGACUUGUAUUUUCUAGACUUCUGUAUUGGGUCAUGGCACAGCUGCCUUUUUCUUUCUCAUCCGGCCACUUGGGGUCUUCGCUAUAAUAGAUGCUGAUAUGCACACUCUACUUCACUCUUUA